UUAUUGUAGCUGUUCCAUUACUGCUUGUUUCACUUUGACAGAACCAGUAGAGCAUAAGCCAGUCAGCCAAAGCACCAGUCCUGUAAAUACCACACCACUGGACAAACCAGAAACUGUUAAUGAAUUGGCAGACCCAUGCUCACUUGACUAUGACCCUGGAAUGCCGUGCAAAGACUAUCAGGCUAAGUGGUUCUUUGACAGAAAGAACGGGAUCUGUACACAGUUCUGGUAUGGAGGUUGUGGAGGCAAUGAAAAUAGGUUCGACACUGAGACCCUCUGCUUGAAAAACUGCAUGAGGUCAGUGUCAGAGCCUCAGCCACAAGUGCAGCAGGGUGAACAGGUGGAGAUCCUCCCAGCUCCUGAAGCCUCUACAGCUGUAGACAUUUGCCAGCUACCCAAAGAAGAGGGCACUUGUGCCAAAUUUGUCCUCAAGUGGCACUAUGAUGCCCCAGCAAGAGCUGUACACGUUUCUGGUAUGGAGGCUGCGGUGGAAACCAGAACCGCUUUGACACACAUGAGCAGUGUGUGAAGGCCUGUGGAAAACCAGCACCUGUCAAGCAAGGAGUUAUUGCUGCAAUAAGAACAUAGGACAAAAGUGCCAAACAUGGCCAACCUAUACCUCUGAAAGAAGGGGAUUCUAAGAAGAACCAUCCAAAAUGGCCAUACUGUAAGGAUGCAAUACCAAAGCAAUGGUGGCUGCACUGGAUCCACAAAAAUGGACUUUAUACCCCAAAUUCUUGAAGUAGUUUUUUCACAACAAGAAGGAAGGCAACACAAUUUGCUGCAUGAUUUGUUUUAACCUACUGGUGCUACGUAGUAUGUUUUGUUUUACAGAUUGAGUUGUUAAGUGCAUUCAGUUUUGUAAAGUUACGUUUUCUGGAACAUCAUAUGAGUUUUCAUAUUUUUUAAAGUGCAGUUUUAUAAUUAAACGAGAAACAUAUAUGAAUAUCUUGGACAGUGAUUAGCAAUGAAUCAGUACAUGCAGGACUGGCAUUAUUCAGUGCAGUAAUCUUUUUUGUAUUGUUUUUUUUUUUUAACAUUCCACAUUCACCUAGCAACAUAGGCUUUUAUUGAUUUUAAACUCACUUGAUCCUUGUUGAACCAUUCCUUCACUAUUUUACAGUCACAUGUGUGUAUUUAAAUGACAGUGACCAACUGCUCACAUACAAAAACAUUUCUGUAACAUAAAGUGCACUUCUGGAGCCACUGCCUCGAAAACACAGUUCCAGCUAUUCAGAAAUGGAAUGUACUUGUCAAGCUGUUUUUACUUUGUUUCAUUUGGUUUUACUGAAAUUUGUGUUUCAUCUGGGUAUAGGGGAAAUAAAAAUGAAUUAGACUUUCUAAUAAA